GAGCUCAGGGCUUCCUAACCUUUUGCACAAGACAUGCUUGUGCAGAAACCUGUCUUCAACCAGUCUGACCCCACGGAGUUUGUGUUCCGUGUGUUCACCACAGUCCCUGAAUUCCAGGUUCUUCUCUUCCUUCUCUUCUUCCUCCUCUACUUGAUAAUCCUCUGUGGCAACACAGCCAUCAUCUGCGUGGUGUGCACACACAGCACCCUCCGCACCCCGAUGUAUUUUUUCCUGGCCAACCUGUCUUUCCUAGAAAUCUGCUACACCACCGUGGUGGUGCCCUUAAUGCUUUCCAACAUUUUUGGGGCCCAGAAACCUAUUUCGUUAGCUGGAUGUGGGACCCAAAUGUUCUUCUUUGUCACCCUCGGCAGCACGGACUGUUUCCUCUUGGCGAUCAUGGCCUAUGACCGCUAUGUGGCCAUCUGCCACCCGCUGCACUACACCCUCAUCAUGACCCGCCAGCUGUGCGCGCAGAUGCUGGGCGGGGCCGUGGGCCUGGCCCUCUUCCUCUCCUUGCAGCUCACCGCCUUAAUCUUCACCCUGCCCUUCUGCGGCCACCGCCGGGAAAUCAACCACUUCCUCUGCGAUGUCCCCCCCGUCCUGCGCCUGGCCUGCGCUGACAUCCGUGUGCACCAGGCUGUCCUCUAUGUAGUGGGCAUCCUCGUACUGACAGUCCCCUUUCUGCUCAUCUGUGUCUCCUAUGUGUUCAUCACCUGCGCCAUCCUGAGCAUCAGUUCUGCGGAGGGCCGCCGCCGGGCCUUCUCCACCUGCUCCUCCCACCUCACUGUGGUCCUGCUGCAGUAUGGCUGCUGCAGCCUCGUGUACCUGCGUCCCCAGUCCAGCACCUCAGAGGAUGAGGAGAGCCAAAUUGCGUUGGUCUACACCUUUGUCACCCCCUUACUCAACCCUUUGAUUUACACCCUUAGGAACAAGGAUGUCAAAGGUGCCCUGAGGAAUGCCAUCAUCUAUAAAGCAGCUUCUGAUGCCAGUUGAAGCCUUAGGGGCGCUGGGCUGGGUGUCC